GUGAAGACAACAUCCUGGCGGGGAAUCGAACUUCGACAUUCGUAAGAUAUUCUUAGUGAAGGCAACAGUUCAGUUUGAAUCAAUUAAACAUGUCAAUAAAUACAAUAAUAGUGUUAUUUUUGCUUGCUGCAACAUCAUCGGCCCGCGUCGUACAGUUCUUCCGACGCGACUACACACACUUCAAGCAGGUCAACAGCUUCUACAAGCUCCACGUAUUCUCUGCUGCCGGCAGUGACUUCACUGAAGCGUUCCAAGUCUGUCAUGAGGAGAGCUCUCAGCUCUUCUACCCGAAGACACGAGAAGAGUUGACGGUGGUAGCAAACUUGAGCGCCAAGUUCAAUCUGAACGACUCUGAUCUGCUGGUUGCGAUAAGGGACGAGUUUAGCUUCGGAGAGUUCGUUACUGUUGAUGGCAAAUCAGUGGAACUAAAUGCCCCAUUACCACUAGCGAACCUAGAAGAGGUAAAAACAAACGACGAAUACAGUGCAGUUACUCCAAAAAUAGACACCUUGACCCCAUCUCUGGAGGCACAGGCAGACAAGCAUUGUGUCUUAUGGAACAUUGACACUGGCACUUACAAGUUGGACUACUGUAAAGUCGGUUAUACGAGGCCGUUUGUGUGCAGAAAGAUAGAUCAGCCAGAGCCAUGCCCGACUAUUGAUAAAGGUUACGAGUACGAAAGAUCACUUAACAAGUGUUACAAACUCCACCCCCAAGAAAAGAGCUGGCAGGACGCCUCCAAGGCUUGCUACAUGGAGGGAGCCAGGCUACUCGUGCUGGAUGACGAGGUCGAGUUCAAGGUCACCAGGCAGCGGUUCCACGACGAGGUCAGGGUCACGCAGUUCUACAUCGGCAUUCACAGGAUCAGUGGAGACCUUUAUACGGUUAAUGGUGAGAGAUUGGAUGAGAACGGCCCGUAUGAGAUAUGGUACGACUCGGUCCAAGAUAAAACCGAAGACUGUGUUACGGUGAAAGAUAAUUUCUUUUUAACUUGUGCUUGCGAUUGGUAUUAUCCUUUCAUUUGUGAAAUGAACGCAUAUUAAAUAGAUUUACCUGUAUACCCGUAUAAAAAUCUACUAUAUAUAUAUUUAGCAAUCUUUCGUUUAUAAAAUCAUAUUAAAGAUGUGUAUAAUGUG